AUGGGAACCACCUGUAGUACCAACAUAGAAUGCGACAUCGAGGGCAGCGCCGUACAAUUUGCCGCAGAUCCAGACGUCGUCAUUGCGGCCAUAUUCACAUCUGCUUGGUUGACCUUUGCCAUUGCACUUUUCACGUACAAUCUCGUUGACGGAGUCAUGGAAAAAGACAACCCCGGUAUCGCGGCAAUCGACCUUCAGUUACGCGACUAUGUACUGAAAAAGCUCAGUGGAACUCCAGUCGAUGAGAUCCUUUCUUACAUUCGCGUCCGCGUCACCAGGGACAAGAUGCAAGAGGUAUGCCUCAUGUUCUCUGAUCAGCAACUCGUGGCGGGCGGCGCGAUUCUGACUGUGGGCUACAUGAGACACUGUGAAAUCACACAAUAUCACUUUUACAUAGCUGCGAACCUCACUCUCGCGUCUUUUGCAACGUACCAGUCCGUUUUACUGAUUGUUCGCGAUGUGCUCAAAGCCAACAUUCGCAGAGGAUGGCGGCUGGGAUGGAUAGCAAUUGUCUUUGGUUGCGUUCUGGCUUUCAAUUUCGUCAUUUACAAUGACAAGUUUCUGGUUCCUGGGCUUUGGGGCCUCUCGAUGGACUGUUUAUGGAGGCAGCUCCCAAGUGGCCUCACCCCAAGAGUCAUACCCUACGUCGUGGUGGGCACUGUCGUUGACUUGAUGUCUGCCUAUUCCAUCGUUUCUUGUUUGUACCCGGAGAUCAACGACUUUUACCUGGUAAAGACGCUCGGACAUUUUGUCUACACGGUCAUGUGUCAGCCGACAUACCUAUACAGAAGAGUUGAAGACCACGUUGACCAGCGCUCUAAAUUUCGGUGGCUGUGGAAGUUGGUUGAAUGGCCCACGUGGCUUCUCUUUGUCAUGUCCUUCACACUUCGUGAGAUAUUCGCAUCAUUAUACUUUGAUCUGGCGCGUAUAUUCGCCUAUCUAUUUCAAACCACUUAUGUCGUGGGAUGGGCAAGGGACAAUGCAGCUAUCAAUGGUCGGGAGGGGCCAGAGGAUACUUGGGGCUUUGGUCAGAUUCUACCGCUCCUACUGCUGGCUUUGCCAUUGUUUUCUUUCGUGGAGAUAGUCUGCGGGGCCCCGAGAAUCAGCAACCUCGCAUCAUGA